UACAUCUCAUCAGAGACUGACCUACAGCCUGAGGUGAAGAGGGGGGUCCCAAUCCCGACAGUGUGUGCAGCUAUGGGAAAGGACUACUACAAGACCCUGGGCAUCGCCAAGGGCUCCAACGAGGAUGAAAUCAAGAAGGCCUACCGGCGCAUGGCCCUGCGCUUCCACCCCGACAAGAACAAGGAUGCCAACGCCGAGGAGAAGUUCAAGGAGAUCGCAGAGGCCUAUGAGGUACUCAGCGACCCCAAGAAGAGGGUGGUCUAUGAUCAGCUAGGAGAGGAAGGUUUGAGGAAUGGCGGCAGCAGCACUUCAGGUGUUCCUGGCAGCUCAACGUACCACUACACCUUCCACGGUGACCCCCACGCCACCUUUGCCUCCUUUUUUGGCGGCUCCAACCCCUUCGACAUGUUUUUUGGCUCCAACCGCAGCCACAGCCGCUCCAACGGUUUCUCCUUUCACAACGACCAUGACAUGGAGCAGGACAUGGACAUGGAUGAGGAGGACCCCUUUGCUCAUAUCGGGAGACAGUUUGGCUUUCCAGCGGGGGUGAACAACGGCUUCCCAGGAGAGGGCCGCAGGAGGAGGGGGGUGCACUCGGAGCGCCUGGGAACAGGACGAAAGCAUCAGGACCCUCCGGUGGUCCACGAGCUGAAGGUCUCGCUGGAAGAGAUCUUCCACGGCUGCACGAAGCGCAUGAAGAUCACGCGGCGCAGGCUGAACCCGGAUGGCCGCAGCAUGAGGACAGAGGACAAGAUCCUCAACAUAAUCAUCAAGAAGGGAUGGAAGGAGGGGACCAAGAUCACCUUCCCGAAAGAGGGGGACGAAACCCCAGAGAACAUUCCUGCCGACAUAGCCUUUGUGCUGAAAGACAAAGGGCACGUCCACUUCAAGAGAGACGGUUCCAAUAUCAUUUUUAACUGCAAGAUCACUCUAAAAGAGGCGUUGUGUGGCUGCACAGUUAGCAUUCCCACAUUGGAAAACCGCAUCAUCUCUCUCCCGUGUCACGACAUCAUCAAGCCCGGGACGGUGAAGCGACUCAGAGGGGAGGGCCUGCCUUUCCCAAAGAACCCGUCACAGCGCGGUGACCUCAUUGUGGAGUUUUCUGUCCGUUUUCCCGACAGAAUCCCCCCUCAGUCCAGAGAAAUUAUCAGACAACAUCUCCCCCAGUCAUAGGGGGACUCACCUUUACCCACCCCCCAUUACCUCACUUGAGACUGAAUGACCCAAACCCAAAAAGGACAAACUCUAGUACUCCAAUUCUGUCCCUUAUUGUAGUUUCCCUUCUCACUUAUAGUCCUCAGUCCUCAGCUAAAAACAGACACUGUUGUUUGAAGGGACUUUUCAGUGGGAGGAUGAAGAAAGAAGAUGCCAAGAUGAACGGCAGAAUCAGGAUGUAAUUAUUUAUCUUUGUUUUGUUUUCAAGCCCAUUUAAACACACACACGAUAAGCCGAGCAGCGGAGUUGUGUUGAGGACGGGCUCAGCACCAUGAGCUGGCUUUCAACAGUCUCUUCUUAACACAGUUUUUUACGGAUUUGUCAGUGGGUUUUAUAUGCUGUCCGACUCUCUGAUCCUCAACUUUUUGUGAUAGGAUAAAGCGUAGGAUCUUGUUUUUUAAAUUAAACUUUUUACAAGGGUUUUUCUUUCCCAAGUAAGUUUUGCGGAUGAUUAUUUAUUUUUACCUUGAGUGUACCAGCAGUGUGUUCAGUGCAAACCCCUAGUUUUAACGUAACCCCCUCCCUUUGCCACCUGCUAUUCUGUAUUUCAUUUUGUCGUCUCCUAUAAUGAGCUGUAUUCAGAUGCGUGAUUCACUGCGCAUUUAUAGUCCAGCUUUACUCCAAACAACAUAAGCCAAUCUCAGCUUCAUUUGACAAUCUGGGAAUGACAAUCAUGGACAAUAACAGCAGUGUAAGCUCGGACAAUACAAUAUACACAUUAUGGGUGCUUUCCCUUCUGAACUGCCUGACUUACUAACUGAGGGACAUGCAGGUGCCUUAGCACGGUUUCAUAACAUGUAUGUGAACACACACACACACACGCACAUUAUACUGUAAUAAACACGACCAGCACAGACAAUGCCCUAUGCUGUUUUAGACAAUAACAACUGGUGAUCUUGGACAACCUUCAGUAAGCAAUGUAAUGUCAAUCACCAUAUUAAACUUUUAUGGACAUUUUUGGAGAGAUUUGUUACAAAAUUGCUGAAAUUUGCCAGUGCAGCCCUGUUAAGUGCCAUACAAGUACAGGUUGGAUAUCUCAGAGAAAUAAAUCUGUAGUCCAUAGUAAACAGAGGAGCUUUCUCUGGGAAAACCGUGUUGUGUUUAUUCUGCUUUCUCCUGUGCCGUUUGAAGGCCAUAUCUCGGUGCUACUGGGGGCAGUGCCAAAAUAGACCAAUUCUGUGUCUACUUGGUUUCUUGGCUUUUGAUAUCUGCUCCUUUCCUCUGUAACAUGUGUACAUCAAAUCUGUUUUCAAGUAGAAAGCCCUGUUUAGGAAACGUUUUUAUAUUGCAGCUGCUGUUCUCUGUGUGAGCUGCAGGGGGCUCUGAAACCAUCUUCAGCUCCUCCUACUGUAAGGCAAUGAUAGGAUGUAUGUGUGAGAAUGGCAGCAGUAGAAGGUCAUAUAUCACGUCACUGGGGAAAUGUUUGAAUGCAACGUGUUGAUAAAUGCACUUUUAUGUCAUUCAAGACAAACUGACUUACUUUACGAUGGUGGGAAAGACUUGAAUGACUUUUUAGUGAGCGUCCUGCGGCUCAGGGCCUCCGGGGCCGCUGGACUGUGGCGACAACCAGAAAGCACACGUGCAGCUGAUGGAAGCCUGUCACUGCUUAUGUGCAUUCAACGAUAUUUAUAACCUUUUCAAAAUAGCUACAAAUAAACCAAAUGUGUGAACUUAA